GGGAGGAAACAGCUUGCACAUCAGGAUGAAGCUGUUGCAAGAUCAGGAUGAAUCGACGAGCAACAGAAAGUUACUAAAAUCUCAGGUGGAGAAGCGUCGCAGGGAGAGGAUGAAUCGCAGCCUGGAGAGACUGAGGACUAUGCUUCUGCCGGAGCCUCACCAGGUCGGUUCAGAUCCACUUUGGGUGCUUUUCUGUCCUCGUGCUGAUGAUCCGUUGAUUCACGCUGCUGCUGCUGUCGCGCAGGUCACUCCUAAACACAGAGUUGAAAAGGCUGAGAUCCUGGAACACACAGUCAUCUUCCUCCAGAAAACCACCAAAGAACAGACGAGAAGUGGCCAGAAGCAGUCCUUCCGGGAUGGGUUCUCCACCUGCCUGCGGAGGGCCUCCCGGUUCCUGGGCCCUCAGGGAAAGGGCCUCUGGCUGGGACCUGCGCUGGAUGCUACCUUCUCCACCCGCCUUGCUCGUUCCGAUUUUGAUUCUUCCGGCCUCCAAACCAGAUCCUUCAGCUCCCUGCAGCACACGAGGUCCCUCCUUCAGAAGCUGCGGCAGAAGUCCAAGGACAGGUUGCGCGCGCAGGUCUUCGGCGCGCCGCCCGUCCAGCAAAGCCAAGCCAGAGCUGCGCAGCCUCACAGACACGAGAGAGCAGCGAGCAAAGACGGCUCGGCCCAGUCCGGCCCUCUCAGCCAGACUCUGUGGAGGCCCUGGCCCUGACCCGGUCACCAACCAGCCGAACU